AUCUUCCCUUACAAACAGCACAUGUUUGGUCAAACAAAUAUGCAACCUUGCACUGCACAAUCAGCCAGCCUGUCACAGUAACCUACUUCACGAGUGCCGCACCACCGUGAGGAUCCAAGUUGCAUUUUCUCCUCUCACCCUAACUUGAUUGUGCCGGAGAAAUGAUUUCAGUAGACGUCACUCAUCUGCAUAGGGAGUAAAAUGCAACCAUCCUGCAAGGGUUUUUGUGCCCUGAAACUCUCUGUACCUUCGCCGUGUGAUAAAAGGACCUACUAAUUGCUGCAUAACCGAAACUACAAACAUGGAAGGAAUAGGAUGUUACUAGCAUCCGCCGUAGUGGUAUGGGAAUGGCUGAACGAGCACGGACGCUGGCGGCCCUACAGCCCGGCUGUCUGUCAUCACAUCGAGGCAGUCAUCCGGAGCGACCCGCGGUGUGGUAGUGUUGUCCUCGGCCAGGUGGACUCUCGCCUCUCGCCCUACAUCAUCGAUUUGCAUUCCAUGCACCAGUUCCGACAAGACACAGGUACCCUUCGACCGGUACGACGUAGCUUCUACGACCCCACCUCAGCGCCAGGCCAGGGCUGGUUGUGGGAGUGGGAGAACGACGCUGGCAGUUGGACGGCGUACGACACGGAGGUGGGCAUCGCUAUCCAGGCAGCACGCGAUCGUCAGCAGCCCUGGCUGGACCUGGCGCCGCUGGGUUUCUGCUACCUCAUUGACUUCGAAAGCAUGACCCAAAUCAACGGGCAGACACAGCGCUGCCGACGCAUCCAGCGCCGCUCUGACCUGGCUUACCCGCUGGUGUCUGGGCCCCUGCCCAAAUCCCACCACGCCUGGGGGCCCAUGUCCAUGCCCAGCCAUGGAGGACUGCUUGGUGUGGAUGUAUCCGGAGUGGGCAUGGGGAUCCGGAUGAGUAGCAGUGGGACUGGAAACGGGAGCGCGUACCCCAGUGGGGCGCUCCCUGCCUCUGCCAUCACCUCCUUGGGACAGCCCUGCGCCUGUCAGCAGUGUAUGUUGGUGCUAAGCGUCAAAGCAGGCGCCAUGUCUGCCCACACUCUGGGGCGGAGACCGCCACAGACAAAGCCACCAAGUCCCAAAAUCAGCAGUUACUCUGGCCCUGGAGGGUCGUACUCACUCACUCUCCCUCGACCUCCUACCCUGUCACGGUCGUUUUCCCCCCACAGGACGUCCAUAGUUGGGGCGACAGGUGGCUAUAGUCUAGGUGGCAUGGGUGGCAUGGGUGGUAUGGGUGGUAUGGGUGGUUUUGGUGGUUUUGGUGGUAUGGGUGGUGUAGGAAUCGUUGGUGGUAGUGGUGUUGGCAGUGGUAUUGGCAGUGCCAGCUUUGGCUAUGGAGGAGGCUUCACCCACUCUCUGUCCCUCCUUGGCUCAGCUACUGCCGCCCUCUCCAUCUCCUCCACCCGUCCCCCUCCUCCACCUCUCCCCCCACCUCCUCCGCCUCCUGCUCCACCGUCCACCACACUCUCAUCUGCUGCCACCUCUGCCCCUCACCCCUCCACCUCGUCCUCUUUCUCUGCUUUGAGUUCUGCCCCUACAGUGCCCGCUCUCGGCCCACCUCUCAUCUCCACGGCUGCCUCCACCUGCACUCCCUCGCCUUCUGCCCGCGUCCUGGGUCCAGUGUCUUCAUCUGGUGCUGCUGCCUGCGCAGCCCCUUUGCCACCCCGGUCCAGCCUAGCAGGGCUGAGCCGACCUGCACUGCAGCGUAUCGCCAUGGCUCAGUCACGUGCCCUUAUUGCCUCUGGAGUGCCAACUGUUCCUGUGAAGAACCUAAAUGGAUCAAGCCCUGUACACCCUGCGCUAGCAGGCAUUACAGGCAUCCUGAUGAGUGCAGCAGGACUUCCUGUCUGCCUGACCCGCCCUCCCAAGCUAGUGCUUCAUCCUCCACCUGUCAGCAAGAGUGACAUCAAGCCCGUCCCCGGUCUGGGUCACUGCUGUCGCAAGACCACAAAGAAACAGGCUCGUAAAGGAAAGACCCCCGAGGAGGUGGUGAAGAGGUACCUUCAGAAAGUCCGCAAUCCCCCAGAGGAGGACUGCACCAUCUGCAUGGAGGCCCUGGCCGGACCGUCGGGCUACAAAGGCCCCGGCGUGGGUGGCAUCUCCCGGGCCGAGUCGGUGGGCCGCCUGGCUCAAUGUGGUCACCAGUACCACCUCCAAUGCCUCGUUGCUAUGUACAACAAUGGCAACAAGGACGGCAGCUUGCAGUGUCCCACCUGCAAGACCAUCUACGGAGUCAAGACCGGCAACCAGCCCCCGGGCAAGAUGGAGUACCACGUCAUCCCCCACUCGCUACCCGGCCACCCGGACUGCAAAACCAUCCGGAUCAUUUAUAACAUCCCUCCUGGCAUCCAGGGCCCAGAGCACCCAAAUCCUGGCAAACCCUUCACUGCCCGUGGGUUCCCCAGACACUGCUACCUCCCUGACAGCGAGAAGGGACGCAAGGUUCUGAGGCUUCUUCUGGUAGCGUGGGACCGCCGGCUCAUUUUCUCUGUGGGUACGUCAAGCACCACCGGCGAGUCAGACACAGUCAUCUGGAACGAGGUGCACCACAAGACGGAGUUCGGCUCCAACCUGACGGGCCAUGGCUACCCGGACCCCGGCCACUUGGACAAUGUUCUGGAAGAGCUCAAGGCUCAGGGCAUCACCGAGGAGGAGUGCCUACCCAGAGACUGAACAGAGACUUUCAAGACGCUGAAGACACGAGAAUAAACACUCGAUCCUGGGAAGGGAUCCACGGCUGGACAGAUGAAUCAUUUUCAAAAAUCUGAUGAAAGUGAACAGAGAGAACUUUAACCACCAGAAAUGGGGGGGAAAAAAAACGAAUUCAAAAAACAAAACUCUUGGUUUUAACAGACAUUGUUUUAGCAGAGUUUGCCAGAGAAUUCUCUUAUGACUGCAUGAGUCAGUUUUGUUACGUGGGAAAUCAUUUUUCUUCUCCAGAUGCAGUAACAGUGUCAAGAUCGCAGAUGUUAUUCAGUGAGACAUUUGAGGCCACUGUGCACAUUCAGUGUUAGAUAAAAAAAAAAAACUGUCAUUUAUACUGUGAGACUUCAUUUCAAGAAUGUAACUAAGUGGAUUUUGCUGAAUUGACGACGUGUUUACCACUACUGCUGCUGCUGCUAUGUGGAACUGAGAGGAGUUUAAACUGAAGAAAAGAAGUCUACGUUUUUUUUCAAGUGUUAGUCCACAAGCAGAAGAAACUCGUCACUGCAGAUAAAUAUUUCAAGUGUAUAACUGGAUAUCUGAGCAUGAAUAUUUGCUGACCUCUAGUGGUACUUUUCCAGAACUACAUUCCUUUUUAGGUUUGAUUUGUAUUCAAUUGUAUUGUUGUAUAUUAUGAAUACUUGAUAUAUUAUAUGAUAUUGUUUCCAUUCUAUCAUGUUUUUAUAUUUUAAUUUGACAUUUUUGUUUUAUAUGGUGUGUUUCUUUGCAUUGUUUUUGGGUGUGGCGUGACUGAGAUGUGGGGUGAAGUUAAGAUAAGCUGCUGGUGUACCAGAGUUUGCCUGACACUUUAUAUGCCAUAUACCAGCCCCUAAAAUCAUUUUCAGUAUUUUGUAUUUGAUAUGUUCACAAACUGACAUUCCUUAAUUGUUCUGCCCUCAGAGCAUGGGUGCAUUUAAUAGCUUUCUAUGUCUUCUUGUAUCUGCGUUAAUGUUAAGGACUGGCAGAGGAAAAGCUACUAUGGAUUACACCAUUCCCCGCAGGAGGAGUAAAUUCCCUAAAAAGCUAGGAUUCGACCUCCUGCCUGAGCUCAGACUUGCACAGAGCUUUCUACUUAGUAUCAUCAAAAUGAACCGGACAGCUUGUAUCUACUGUAUUCUUGUGUAGGACACACACACCAGCCUCAAAUGCUCUUAUCACUCUACAAAAUGUGCCCAUCGGUUGUUUUUUGUCAUAUUUAGUUUUUGCCAUGAGCAGGUGCAGAAGACUAUCUGUUGUCGUGGAUCCAGCUUUGGCCAAAGUGGUCCAGUCGGUUUGCAUUCGGUCCACCGUGGACCGGUUUAUUAUGAGGUACGAUAGAGGGGGAUGUACAAAAGUAAGUGUUGACGUACUAAUGUAGGCCAACAUUAAAAGCAUUUAUACUUUAUGAUACUUUAUGUAUGCACUGUACUGUAUGUGUGUGUUUUAUGUGCACAAAUUUGCAUUAAACGUUUUUCUAAGGUUCAAAAAGAUGACAGAACUUUACUCUGGCUUACUCUUUCAUUGUAUGUGAGGUUUAUUAUGUAAUGCUGAUUAAAUCUAUAACUGUG